CGCGCACGUACCCAUUACCAGAACAGAAGCCUUUUGUUGUUGUCGACGACGGCGGAAUGGGCGGUUCGACAAAUUCCCUUGACUCCCUCUCUUCACCAUCGCCUUCUCCUCCUCCAUCUUUAAGCAGAGCUGAAGGCUCUGUCUUGGUAUCAGCGUCUACGAAGCCAAAGUCUGCAGAGCCAGCCGCAGGUCUCGAUUCUGACUCUGAGCUCUCUGAGCUAACAGAAGAAGAACAGGACGAAAAACAAAAACACAAACAGAAGCAGAAAAAGUCUGAAGUCAGUUCUCUCAGUCCAGGUGCUGCUCGUUCUUCUUCCAGUAAUCGAAGAGGCACAGCGUCUACUAUGAGAGGCGGCCCGCGUCGAGGAGGAAGAAAGAAACGAAGCACACUUGUACCUGCCCCGAUGUGGGGCUGGGCUAUGUACGGCUCCGAGCAGGAUACGGAGAAUCAUAAUGUUGGUGGUGAGGAAAUUGAAGGAAACGACGGGAAAGAAGCCGUACACAUACCACACAACCACAUAUCCGCUCCAAAUCCCCUUGAUGUUCUCACAUCUGCUGCACUGAGCGCAGAAAACCCUGAACAAGCCUUUGCUCGGCUCAAAUCGGACAGUCAAGAGACUGAAGAAGAGGAAGAAAAACUGAUUGAUGUAUCCGAGGUGAAGGGUGUCACUGUUCCUGCCGAUGGUGACAUCGAUAUGGCAGACUUAGUGACUAUCAAUCGCUCAACGGUUGUUGCUAAUGGAAUCGCUUCCCCGCGUGCUUCAACUCCGGACUCUAUCGCCUCCUCACGACCUUCGCCUCCGAACAAUGUUCCCCAGGUUGCAUACGCUUCGACUUCGAGGAUACCAACUGGAGCUUCAACAACAGAAGACGAAGAUGACAAUACAGACAUCGAAGAAAAUGAGAUAGAACCCGACGAGCAGCAUAAGUCCAUCCUCACUGCUAAAUCACGGUCUAAGCCAAACCUCCGAAUCGACGCGUCCGCUCAGCUACCUUCUCAUAUCCCGUUUAACUCUGUUGAUACCCCUCCCUCUUCAUUUCCUCCUAACACCACUGUAUCUGAUAAAUCUCCGAUUACACCAUCAACCACUACUGCUACAGCGACGAAUUCGAAGGCGAAGGCUUCUCGUGGUGGUCGAGGUAGAGGGCGAGGUCGAGGGCGUGCUCGUACUCGAGGUAUGAGGGUUGCUGUUCCUCUAGAGGCCGACAGGCCUCCCGCUUUGGGCAUCGACGAAGUGGGCACACUCGGCGUCAAUAUCGAGAUUCCUCCCAGCAAAGAGGACGCUAUGGACAUUGAGGUUAACGUUGAUGAUGCUCCCGCGCGGAAUUUCAAAUCCAAACUUACCAAGGUGGCCGCCUUCAAGGACGAGACCUUAGAGCCAGAAGAGGGCACAUCCCUCGCAGAUGUAAGCAAGGUCAUGUUAGAUCCCGACCCUGACCCUUCAGAUAAAUCCGAUGCGGAACCUGAACCUGAUGUCGAAGUCGACGUCGAGCCGGACGUCGAUGCUCCCUCUGAUGUCUCUGACGGCGAAGACGAAAAGGAAGAUGAUGAUGAUGAGGGCGAGGGUGAAGAUGAGAAAGAUGAUGCGGACGAGUUGGAGGUAGACGAGGUUCAGGAUGAUGAUAAGGAAGAUGAUGAUAAAGACGACGAAGACAAAGACGAUGAAGACAAAGAAGUCUCGGACAAAGAGGAUGUGGAGAAGGAUAUUGACGAUGACGAUCGUUCAGAAAUAAACCUCGAGGAUGAAGAGGAGGAAUCCGAUCUUCAACCUGCACAUCGAGUUGAAGCUCUUGACAUGCUUGCCAUCGUUGAGCUCAAGUUUGCUUUGCUAAGAGAGAAAUUGUAUAUAGAGAAGAUGGAAGAAUUAGCUUGGGAAGAAUCCUUGGUAGCAAGUGGUGAACAUCCGGAACUAAUCUUUAUACAAAGCGAGCUUUUGUCGCGUAAAAACAAGCGCUUAGAACUAUCGGAACGCAAGUGUACAUUUGAAAUAGCAAACAUAACCAAACGCAGGAAGAUUGAUGAAGACGCGACUUGGAGUUCGUGGAAGCAUCAAAGAGACGAACUACAAACAGAUAUGAUUGCAGAAAAUAAUCGUAAACGCCGAAAAUUGGAACGAGAACGACGGGCUGUUGAUAGGCCUCAAACCGCUCGUAGAAUACCUUUUCCUCCAAGUUUCGACUUCCUUCCGCCCGCGCCUACCCUUCGCCAGAUCGUUGACUCGUUCCCUUUCGCCAACUCUGAUCGGAUCAUACGCAAUCAUCGGCAUAAAUCGCUGCGCAAAACCCAAAGCAGCAAGUCGCAGAUCCAACAAAACCACUUUCAUAGGAUCUUGCAUGGAAUCAACACACACGCUACCCCCGGGUUGACUGUGGCAUAUCCUGAGCUUUCCACUCUUUCCUCAUCGGAAUCGCAGGGGGAUCUAGAGAACUUGCUUAGUAUGACAGGAGCUAGGAGAUCAGGGCCAGGUUCCACACAGACGAAUACAAUGGGUAUGGGAAUGAACAUGAGCGUUGGCAACAAUGGCCUGAACAUGGAUAUGAAUAUCAACCUGCCGAUCUACGAGCAAGGGGUACACGGUCCUCCUGUUGGUCUUGGACAUGUCUACACGCCGGGAUCGGGAACUUAUAAUGUGUCUAAUCCCAUGCGAGAGCGAUUAGGUCCAGGAUCGUCCUCCUUAAGCCAUGUCCCCGGACCAGCCAGGCGGAUUGUCUCAGGCCCCGGGACAUUGUCCGGUUCUUCUUUAUCUUCCCAGUCCACUGUGGGGAUGGGUCAUGUGCACGAACCUCCAUUCGUUGUGGGUGGUCUUCCGCCCCCGAUGGGAAGUGGAGGUGGUAGUGAGUCGCUUCUCCCUUCGUUUGGUCCCAGCAGAUCUAUGGGAGGUGUGGGCCCCCGGUCAGGAUCUACUGCAGGGCUGAGGUCGGGGUCGGCUGGCGGCGGAGUAGAUAGGGAGAGGGAAAUCCGUUCUGUGCCGAGCGGAAGCGGAGGAAGUGGCGGACGAUCUUCUUUUCACAAUGGUCAAUCUCAACACUUAUUCUCUGAUCCUUCUACCACCACUAACGGCGCUUUCCCUGAAUCUGAGCAUCAGCGGGACGGGGAUGUCGUCGUUCCUUCUUCCGCCUCUUCUUCUGUUCAUGGCAUUCACGGUAGACAAGUUUCUUCCUCAACCCAUUUUGGCCCUCCUGGGCCUGGAAUCGGAGGCGGAGGCCCCCCUCCUGCAUCGAGUCCACAGAAAAGAUCAAUAUCACCCAUCGGACCCAGUGUUGGCAUCGGACUAAACAGUAUCAAAGGCAAUGGGCAAUGGAUGGGUCCAGGUAUGGGCAUGGGUGGUUUUGGGACUGGUCAUCGGUGGGAAGCAGAAGAACAUGAGCGCGAACUAGAGAGAACGGAGCACACAGAUGCCGGAGAUAUCAGGGGUCAAGAACGGGAUAGAGACCGUGAACGUGAUAGAGACCGGGACAGGGAGAGAGACCAACAUAUUGCUCACCAACAUCGACACAUUCAGCAAGAACAGCAACAUGCUCGACCGCAAUCAGCUGGUGCUCUCAAUACUCCCUCUCAUCUCCGCAUCAUCACCAUCACGUCCGUCCGCAUCACCAUCACAUCGUCCACCAUCAUGGUCCUUCUUCCGUAG